AUGGAUGUGUCCAGUGAUGUGUUCAGAUUGGCUGGUGAUUCUGUUCAACUGGACACACAGGAUCCUGUGCAGAAGUUUGAGGACUUGAUCUGGGUUUUUAACAGAACUAAUAAUAAUAAGGCUCCUGGUUAUGAAGGCAGAGUGGAGUUCAAUGAGGAAACCUACAGUCUGACACUGAAGAACUUACAGAAGACUGAUAGUGGACUGUAUGAAGUAAGAGCGUCUGGUGAUGAGGACAGAGUUGUUGCUGAGUACAGACUCUCUGUGUUGGAUCCAGUGGACACUCCAGUCCUGACUCCUGUCCUUCACCAGCAAAGCAGAGGCACAUGUAGGAUCACUCUGACCUGCAGAGUUCAUGACUACUGUAUCAGCUCCAGCUGUUAUGAGGAAACCUGUGAAGAGAAGGAAGUGACAUCACCUGGAGAUGUCAUCCUUUCCCUGUCUGUCAGUGGCAGCUCCAUCAUCUGUAACCGCAGCAACCCAGUUCCAGAAACUUUGUAG